GCGGGGUGCAAGGUGGGAACAGACAAGCAUUCGCUUUCUUUAGAACGACAGGUUUUGCGGGACUGCAUCCAUUUCCCUCCAUUUCCCUCCUGUCUCUCCUCUCCUCACUCCCUUGUGUGAAGUUCACGUGGUUUCAUUCGACAUGAAAUAGACGAACCCUAUCAAACAUCCCAGCCACCAUUUACACCUGUGAAAUAGUUUUACCUUUCUCUGAGAGAUGAAAAGCCAAAAGGGUUAAAACAUGUUCCAAAGUAGUUCAGCCAGUCAGGAGCGGAGGUUCAAACCCACUCACAAUACCUGACAACACGAGGACUUUACAGCCUGGUCCCGAACCCAGCCAGGACUUCACAGCCCAGGCCGCAACCCCUGCUCUGUGUGGCUGCCUCUAAAGGGCUCUAGGGAAGCUGUGUCUGGGACCUAGGAGAGCAUUCCUCCUGCCUCCCAGGACCUUGUGACCGUCCUAGGAUCAGUGUGGGCGGCUCACACCUUCUUGCCUCAAGGGAGCAGAGGCUCCUGAUUUUUUUGUUGUUUUGUUUUCCAAGACAGGCUUUCUCUGUGUAGCCCAGGCUGGCCUGGAACUCACAGAGAUCCACCCGCCUCUGCCUCCCGAGUGCUGGGUUUAAAGGUGUGCUCCACCGUGCUGGCUCACGAUUUUGUUACGGAGGCGCCAAGCCCACGCAGGGGGUCACACGCUGCAGGCGCAAACUUAGGAGCCAAAACAGAAACGCAGCAGCCGGCCACCGUACCGAGCACCACAACGCAGUGGGCUCUCCACCACCCUCCCCACCCCGCCUUCUUCUGCUGUCUGCCUUUCCUGUGACGCGGAAGCUGGCACGCCUGCCCCUCCACCUCGGGCCUUCCCGACCACGUGGCAGUGUACGACAUAUUUGCCCAGAUGCGGCAGCCGUCGGGUAACUGUGUGUAUGAGUUUGACGGCGACGAGCAGUUCUACGUGGACCCGGACAGGGAGGAGACGGUCUGGGGCCUGGCGGAGUUCAGCACAGCCUACGCCUUUGACGCCCAGGAGGCCCUGUCCUACAUCGCCAGCCUGAAGAACAACCUGAGAGCCCUGAUACAGAGACACAACUUCAGCCAGGCCUCCAGCGAGCCUCCCGAGGUGACCGUGUUCCCCAAGAAGCCGGUAGAGCUGGGCCAGCCCAACGUCCUCAUCUGCCACGUGGACAGGUUCUUCCCCCCAGUGCUCAACAUCACAUGGCUUCGUAACGGGCAGCCGGUCAUGGAAGGGACUUCGGAGACCACUUUCCUGCCCAGCACAGAGCUCAGGUUUCACAAGUUCCACUACCUGACCUUCGUGCCCUCCCUCGAGGACGUGUAUGACUGCAGGGUGGAGCACUGGGGCCUGGAGCAGCCGCGCCUCAGUCACUGGGAAGUGGAGGAGCCAGUCCAGGCGUCGUCCGAGGCGAUGGAGACCGUGUUCUGCGCCCUGGGCCUGGUGGUCGGCCUGGUGGGUAUCGUCACUGGCGGCGUGCUCACCGUGAGGGCCCUGCACGUCAGCUGUGCCCCCCAGGGCCCCCUGCAGUGACUGGGCCUGAAGCGGGCACACUGGUACCCACGGAGUGCCCCGAGGCUCUGCACACAGCCCCCGUCAUCCCCAUCUGCCUCCUGCGUGGCGGCACUGACGUCCAUGUGGCUUGACGCGCGCCUGCAGCAUCUUAUGUGCACAAGAGCCUGACGCACCUUCACCAAGGCCGCACAGCUGCACUGCCUGGGCCCAAACAGUGUCAUCACUGACCUGGGCCCCUUUGUAAAGAAAGGGACCAAGUUCAGCCGUGUUCUAGGACCCGUCUGUCCUGCGAGUGCUUACAGGACAGCGUGACGGGCUGAUGCACAGCUUCCUGCCUCUCCUUGGACCCGCUGACGGCAAAGCUCUCCUUAAGAUUAUCUUGUGGGCUUCUAGUCACCCAAACACAUUUCAGACACUUGCGGGUUAUUAAAUUCUCUUCCCACCGGAUAGUGACCUCUGUGUG